AUAAGUGUUUUUAAAUAAUUCGAAAUACAACGUAAUAAUUACAAUGUAAGAAAUACAACGUAAGAAUUUGGACCUAAACAAAAAUUUAAAAUGCAUAAACUAAUACUUGUAAAUAAUUUUAAUAUUUUCACCCAUUCAACCUUUUUUACUAUGCAUUGUGAAGUUAUUCUUCUGGAAAAAAGCAAAACAUGUUAUGUUUUAUAUACAUUUAUAGACUUAAUUAGAUGUAAGCUCAAAUUUAAUGCAGGAAUACAAUUUUCAGACAAUUUCGGAGAUGAAAACAAAAAUAAAGAGGCGUGUCAGAGAAGUUAGGUAUGGAUACCAGGGAACUGGAGGAGGUGGUGGCAUAAAACCCUUAACUCCUGUUGAAGAGAGGUUGUUGGCACUGUUGGUGUCUGAGGUAUCCAUUGAAGGAGCUCAACUGGCAAAAGCUGGAGUUGAAAUGAUAGACGAAUCAUUUGAAACACCAAUUGACAUAGAAAUAAUAGAAGUGGAACAACAACCUUCCACUUCUCCGCUUCACCAUGUACCUCCGCCUAGACCUUCUUCAACUGAGUCAACUAUCACAAAUCCAGUGACUCAGCCACAGCCCAAAAAAGCAAAAACAGUUGGAACAUCCGCAAGAAGAGGGUCUAGAAGAACUCCUCCUCGAGGUCGAAAUAGAGUGUCAUCGGCCAUGGAGGUACAUUACAGGCAGUUGGCAAACCUUGCCAUGUCCAAUUAUGCCAUUGCGUCGGCCAUAAACAGAUUAGCCAGGGCCAUUGCAGCCAGAAGAUAA